UGUGUCGGCGGAGAACAACAUGGCAGAAGUUGCCGUCCAGUCCGAGGGAAGAAGCGAAGGGAUUGUGAUUAGCGAUGACUGGCCGGGAUACAGUUUAGAGCUCUUCAGCUACCCGGCACACUACUCCGGAGACUUAGACUGUGUCAUCAUUCCGCAUGGCGUGAUUAUGGACAGGACGGAGCGUCUGGCCAGAAACAUCAUGGACGAGCUGGGCGACCACGACAUCGUGGUGCUGUGCGUGCUUAAAGGAGGCUACCAGUUCUGCGCCGACCUGGUGGACCGGAUCAAGGCUCUGAGCCGCAACUCCAACCGCACCAUCCCCAUGAGGGUCCACUUCAUCCGCCUCAAGAGCUACCUGAAUGACCAGUCGACUGAGGAUCUUCACAUACUUGGAGCGGAGGACUUGUCUUUUUUAGCCGGAAAGAAUGUGCUGAUUGUGGAGGCUAUUGUGGGCACCGGAAAGACGAUGAAGACUCUCCUGAAGCACGUCGAAGCCUUCAGGCCCAAAAUGAUUAAAGUGGCAGGACUGCUGGUGAAGAGAGUGCCGCACAGCUCGGCGUGUGUGCCUGACUAUGUCGGCUUUGAGAUACCAAAUCGUUUUGUGGUAGGAUAUGCCUUAGACUACAAUGAGUAUUUUAGAGACCUAAAUCACAUCUGUGUGAUCAGCGAAAGUGGAAAGCAGAAAUAUAAGAUUUAAAGAGAAGCCAAGAAGAGGCUACUGUCACGUAGAUGUCAUCUCACAGCAAGCCCAGACAUUUCCCUUCGGUUCCCAUUCUCUUACAGCUGCUAUCAUGACAUCUGAUCUCAAGCAUACCUGUUUUGGUUAUGGCAUUCCUUCUUUUAAGCACGUAUCUAUUUUAACAACACGCGCUGGCGUUUAACUGGCUGUUUUUGUCGAGGAAGUACAUAUUUUACUAGGUUUUGCUAGGUUUGCAAAAGCAAUUAACGUGGAAAAUGUUUAACUGUUAGUGUGACUAACACGAAUGCAAUCUGUUCCGUUUCUUUUAUGCAAUGUCAAGGACUCGAUAAUCACGACAUGUUGUGAAUGUUUCUCAAGUCACCGUGAGAAGAAAUGAAAGGGAGUCGUUCUCAUUUUGAAAUUAGUCGUAGAAGUUUACAUUUUCUUUACCUUUUUAUUGUUUUUGUAGGUAGUUCUGCUGUUACUUCUAAUCCUCAGGGGAAAACUCUUUCUUUUAGUAUUUGAUGUCGAGUAAAUUUGUCAUUUUUCUAUUUCUUUUUAUAGUUUAACAUACAAUAAAGUCUUUUUAACAUUU